CUUUUUAUAACAACAAUCACACGUGUAAUGAGUCAACAACCUAAUGCAGUGCACCAGCCAUACCCUCUAACAGCAUAGGGAACAUAUUGAAAUGACCGGGAAAUCGUCUUCGCCAAGGAAAGUUCCAGUGCCGAAAAGAAAUGGCGGGAAAUCAUCAGAGAAGAAAGAUGUCCCAGAGACCUCCCUCACACCUCUAUACAUAUCUUCAAUAUCCGUGGCCAUCUUUUCCGUGUUAUAUUACAUGGUGACAUACCAGGAGGGAGGGUUAGAAACAUUUGUGCCAGUUGGGCAGACGACGGACAGAAAAGUACACGAGGUGACUUGCUCUAAGGACUACGACAAGGAACCUUUUCAAGACUGUAAACCUAAACGGUGUGCACGAGUAGUCAUGGAUGACCUGGUGACAGAAUCAGAAGCCAGACAUCUGCGGGGGGUAGCGGAGAGAGGUCUGGCAUUGGGUGGAGGGGAAGGAGGAGCAUCCAUUUUGGAUCUUCAUUCAGGGGCACUGUCAAAGGGGAAAUCGUUUGUCAACGUCUACAAGGUACUGGAAACAAUGUCUGAAACUAUAUUCACCGAAGAGGAUUUCCGUGUAUAUAGUAAUGUGAAAUCAAGAAUCCAUCAGGCCAUUGCUAAAGAGUUUGGUGUAAAGCCGAGUGCAUUGUUCCUUACCGAACCUACGUUUUUCUCUCGUAUGAAUACCAAACCAGCAAGUACGGUACACGAUGAGUACUGGCAUGCGCAUAUCGACAAGGUGACGUACGGAUCAUUCCACUAUACGUCACUUCUAUACCUGUCCAGUUAUGGCAAGGAGUUCUCGGGCGGCAGGUUUAUCUUCGUAGAUAAGGACGUCAACCGAACAGUGGAGCCCAGACUUGGUCGAGUGUCAUUUUUCACUUCCGGUUCAGAGAACGUCCACUUCGUGGAGAAGCUGAUAGAGGGAGAGCGGUUUGCCAUCACAAUAUCAUUUACAUGUGACCCUACCCAGGCGAUUAGCGAUCCGGUGUUACGAACAGAAUAACAUAUAAUCCCGUUCAUUUCUAUAGUAUUUUUAGGAGACAGACGCGAUAUAUGAUUUUCAUAUUGACCAUUCCUGGUAUUUGGUGUCAAGUUUUUGGAUCAUUUUUGGUUUUGGUUGGUCAUGUGACUCAGUGGUCACCCAUUCGCCUUUCACCUAGGCGACAUGUGUUCGAUUCCCGUUCUGUCGUGAAAAGUAAUGGGGUCAGCUAUGUUGGUUUUCCCUGGAAGCUUUUUUCCCCACAGUAAGACCCCUCCUGCGCUUCGAUCCGGGCCAUUAAGAAUGUGGUUAGUAUACUUGG